CGCCCACUGUCUGACACAUGGUCACUCUGACAACAAAUUGAACACCAGCGAAAAAUCAAUUUUAGCUGCGACACAAAACUGAAAACUACAAAUUCCCGAAACCUGAGACAACAAAUUCUUCUGAAACGAACUCUAGAACAGUGUUUAUUGGCAGUAACAAAGAAAAAUUAGAAUGACGGCUUCGCAGGUAGAUCAGAAGCGUGCUCUCAACAAGCUAAAGCACGACCUGGAACCUUUUCGGACGGCAAUCGUGGGUGCUUACGGUGUGCUUACCUGGGAGAAGCAGUACUACGCCGGGGUAGUGUUUGGAGGAAUCAGCGUGUUGUUCCUGGUGCUCUGGUACCUAGACCUCUCCCUGAUUACUCUCCUUUCGCUGCUGGCCCUGCUGAGAAUCGUGCUAGACUACGUGUUCCCGACAAUUUCCCGGCUACUGUUCGGCGGCAUCAACUGGGAUGGCGACCAGGAGGCAAAGUUCGAGGAUGUUUGCGGUCAGGUGUGCAGCCUUAAGGCGAACCUAGUUAUGUGGUACGAGUACCUCUUCAAGGAGCGCAAGUCCACAGUGUUUGUGAUCAUCAUUAGCUUGGGACUCUUGGCUCUCGCCUGGGUCGGGGCCAUCAUCAACAAUCUUUUGCUGAUGUAUCUGGCCACUUUGCUGAUCGCCAUGUGGCCCGGAUUGCAGGACAAGGACGUCUUCAAAGCCAUCACCCAAAAAGUCUCAACAAUUAUCAAUGAGAAGAUCCAGUGCGGAAAGCGGAAGAUGCAGUAAAAAAGAUCCAAGAUAUUCAUGCCUCAAACAUAAGGAAACAUUUUAAACUCACCUCAUUUGACCAAAAAUAGAACGAUACCUAAGUCAUCUACUUGCCAUCAUGCACAGCGCAUAUACAAAAGAACACCAUUUACUAAAUUCAAAUUUUGAGCAUUGCAUUUCAACUAUGUAAUAUCGUAUAAUAUAAGUGCAGCAUUAUAAUGAAGGUAUUUUCAUUGAAUCACUAGCAAAUCCCCCUCAUCCAUUCUACUCCUAAGUUUUACCAUGUAAAAGCAAAGAAAUCUCGGGGCGAUUUGUACGGAGAGAGAAAAGGAAAGCGCAACAAAAGACAUUUUUGUGAUUAUUUUGUGAGUUAAUUGAAAUUUAUGAUAAUCCCGAGUAAGAUACAAAAGAACUUAAGCGUUUAAUGGACUAUAUUUAAAUAAAAGAUUUCAACUGAAUAGAUGAAA